AUGGCUUCCGCAAAAGACAGCCGUGGUCGUCGCAAGUAUCAAGGCCACAUCUGGCGGAAGUACAUGCGCCGGGGUUCCAAGAACUUCCGUGAGACGACGAAAGCAGCUCCCCCGCUGGUCAUCGAGCUGAAGGCCAAAUCCUCCUCGCGCUGGUGCGGCCCGGACGUCUCGGGCUGUCAGUGUGAUGAUCCGGAGAGCGAAGCAGAUCCUGAUGCAGGAAUUAUCGAGCCGCCAUCCGAACAGGAAGAUCCCGAGUUCCUUAUGGUGCGCGACUUGAAGUAUCAUUUGCAGCUGGUUGGGCCAGUGGUUGGCAUGGCGCGCAGGACGGACCUCUGCAAGUGUCGAGAGAUCGUUGGCAACUUUGACUACGGCCUCUCAUCGGUGGACACGAUGGGCAACCUUUGCACAGAGGUCGAGUGGUGGUUGCAGGAUGAAGCGGCGCAAAAUCGCUACGAUGGUGCCCAUGCAAACUGGUUGAAGCUCCUGGCUGUUUGGGAUCACUUGCUUAGCUUCCACGUUGAAGAUUUGCUCGAUGCUGGCUUUGAGUCCGAUGUUGUGAAGGACUUCUUGGACGGGUGCCUGCUGUACGAGGUGGGCGACAGGGCGCACGUGAAGGAGCUUCUCCUGGCGGCGGACACCAUAGCCAUCUAA